UUCUAACAGGAGGGGGCCCUGGGUUUAGUGGCCCCCCAUCUACCAUGUUCUGGUGCCGUCAUUGCUCCUAAGCUGCCUGCUUUUCUCACAAAGCCAAUCUGCCUUCAGAAAGCCACAAUGCACAAAUGGAGAGGUGUGCGAUCCACAAGCCUGUCCUUUUUGCCUGAGUAGAAGGUUUUGUCUUCCAACCAGAAUGAUCAGAAUGCUUUAAUUUUUAAAAUUGGCUUCUUCAUCGCACAAGGGACUCCUGUUACAUUUCUCUGCUUUUUCCCGGUGCCAAAGCCGGGCACUCGCUGUUCCAGGGUGGGUAGAUCCCGUAACAUCUUGACUUGCUUUCCUGGAUUCCUGUUUGUUGCCUUCGCCAGCCGGUACCAUGUCAGGAAGCCCUGGACCUUUCUUGGUGUGGGUACAAGAAGUAGCCACGCUGCUUAUGUUGCGGGUGCGCCGCACGGUCCUGCAGACGGCCAUUCUACUCUGCGUGCUGUUGCUUCUCCUCUGGAUCUCAAUCUUCCUUUAUGGCAGCUUCUAUUACUCUUACAUGCCCACGGUCAGCUACGUCAGUCCUGUGCACUACCAAUUCAGGACAGACUGUGGCCUCCCUGGACCUGAACUCUGCUCCUUUCCUGUUGCCAACAUUUCUUUCAUCAAGGACAGCCGUGACCAGGUUCUCAUGUAUGGCCAGCCCUAUCGAAUUUCGAUGGAAUUGGAGUUGCCCGAAUCCCCCGUCAAUCAGAACCUGGGCAUGUUCAUGGUGGUGAUUUCCUGUUACACAAAAGGCGGCCGUGUCAUUUCUUCCUCCGCCCGAGCUGCCAUGUUACACUACCGUUCGGGCCUGUUGCAGAUCCUCAACACACUUGCUUAUGCUGGCCUCUUCCUGGCUGGGUUUACAGAACAGAAACAAACUCUGGAAGUUGAGCUGUUCUCAGAUUACAAAGAGGAUUCUUACGUUCCAACCAUUGGAGCAGUUAUUGAAAUCCAGACCACUAGAAUUCAGAUUUAUGGGGCACAGCUGAGAAUUCACGCGCAUUUCACUGGAUUGCGGUACCUUCUCUACAACUUCCCCGUGACGUCUGCCAUUCUGGGGGUGGUCAGCAACUUCUCUUUCCUGAGCGUCAUCGUCCUCUUCAGCUACUUGCAGUGGAUCUGGGGCAGUCUGUGGCCGAAAGAAACUCUUUCUGUCCAGAUACCUGGCCGGGAAAAAUCUGGAGCCGUCCAAGCGCUGGAAGAUUCGCGUCGGCAGGUUUUGUUUCCUAAAGACGGCUCUGGAGAAGAAGAGACGCCUUUGCCACAGCCAGAAGAUGUGGGCGUUGCCGAAGGAGAGAAAUUAUCCAAGGCAGUUUCUACAACACAGGUGAAGAAAAGCAGUCUUGGAAAAUCCGAUUUUGGGACAGAAUCUAGCGUGGGCACAACCUCAAAUGAAGACGCAGAGUACGACUCACUGGAUGACGGUUCCCUACUUGGUGAGGUCAACUUCCCCACCUCUUCGCUGGAGGGGGAUGGCUCGGACCUCCUGCCCCCCUUGACCAGGACCCUCAACCCUGGCUCGGAGAUCCGUCAGAGAAGCAGCUGCUCCAGUUCCUGAGCAGGCUUGGGUGCGAAUCAUGCCAGGAACCUCUCUUUGCACUCCCAGUAGCCCACCACAGGCCUUGCUCUCCCAAGGGCUGCAUUUACUCCCUGCUUAUGUUUACAUUCCAGUACCUUCUCCUUACCAGGAAACACUGUAAGUUAAAUAAAAGUUAAACUACGAAUCACUAACAAA